AUGGGGCAUCGUUGCUUCCUUCCAUUAGACCAUCCAUGGCGCAAAAAUAGGAGGUUAUUUGAUGGGAAAGUGGAAAAGGGAGUUGCACCUAAUCCUUUAACAGGUGAUGAUGUACUUAUGCAACUACAAGGGUUGGGUAAUGUGACUUUCGGUAAAGGGCAAAAGCGAAAGCGUAAUGCCCCUAAUAAUGCUUACAAUUGGAAGAAGAAAAGAUGGGAACAAUGUGUUGUUACCAGCAGCAUGCUACGCAUUAUCUCCAGAAGAGAAGCUGAAUGUAAUUUCUUAGCUAAUUUGAAGGUUCCCGAUGCCUUUUCAUCGAAUAUUUCUAGGUGUGUCAAGGUUGAAGAGAAAAAGAUACAUGGAUUAAAAAGUCAUGAUCACCAUGUAUUAUUGGAAGAUAUUUUUCCAUUAGCAAUUUAUGGUGUGUUGCCUAAGGAAGUGAGUGAACCAACUAUCGAAAUAGGAAAAUUUUUCAAGAAUUUAUGUUCUAAGUGCUUGACAAUUGAAGAUCUUGAUAUCUUAGAGGCUGAAAUUGCUAUCACAUUGUGCAAGUUCCAAAUGGUUUUUCCUCCUGCGUUUUUUGAUGUCAUGGUUCAUUUGCCCAUUCAUUUGGCAAGAGAGGCAAAACUAGGUGGACCAGUUCAAUAUCGGUGGAUGUACCCUUUUGAGAGGUAUUUGCGAAUACUUAAGUCGUAUGUUCGCAACUAUGCUCGUCCUGAAGGCUCAAUUGCAGAAGGUUAUUUGGCAGAAGAAAGCCUCACAUUUUGCUCGCGCUACUUAAAGAAUAUCUCAACCAAGUUCAAUAGGCCAGCUAGGAAUGAUGGUGAAUCUGUGUCACAUGGUGAGAUAUCUAUCUUUAAAAAUAGUGGAUGGACAAAAGGUGGUUCAGAUCCCGCCCCGCUAUCUCGUGAUGAGUUAAACCAAGCAACCAUAUAUGUGCUUCAAAAUUGUGAAGAAGUUUGGCCGUUCCUUGAGGAACACACCAGAGAGAUGGAAAUACAAAGUGCAAUAGGGGAUGGAAGGCAUAACAAUGACUUUUUUGAUUGGUUUCGUGCACAUAUCUUACAACUAUCUGCACAAGGACAUGCAAAUGAUGAUCUCAUAAGCUUAGCACUCGGUCCUGGACCUCUAGUGCUUCGAUAUUCCACAUUAAUGGUGAAUGGAUUUAGAUUUCAGACAAGAGAUAUAGAGUGGAGAAGAAAAACACAGAAUUGUGGAGUUCUUGUUAGAGGAGAUGAUUCAGACUCAACAAAGGAGUAUUACGGUAUAAUGGAGGACAUUUACAAGUUAUCUUAUGUGGGAAAUAAGAAAGUUUACCUCUUCAGGUGUCAUUGGUGGGAUGUGGCUCACGUAGGAAAAGGAUAUAAGAUUGACAAAUAUGGCUUCACAAGUGUGAAUACCCGUUGUGCCUUGAAUACAUAUGAGCCAUUUGUGUUGGCACCUCAGUGUGAACAAGUUUUCUAUGUGGACGACAUGUCUAACAAAGAUUGGCUUGUUGUUGUGAAGACAAAUCCUCGUGACCUUUUUAAUAUGCCUGAAAAGGAUAUUAAUUCUACAGAAAUUGAAGAUGAAGUAUUAUCAAGUGAAGAUGCUUAUCAACAAGAGCAAGUUGAAAUUAAUACAUCGCGCAUUCAUGCUCAAGAAAUUGAUAUUGUGGUGUCCUUAUAUAGGGAUGAUGUUGAACCACAAAUUAUUUAUUAUAAUCAAGCGACUGAAGCUCAAACAACUGUGCAUAAUGAGGAUGAUGGUUUCAUUAAUGACGAUGACAUGGAUCUGUAUAAUAGUGAACAAAGCGAUGAAGAGUUACUUGAUGAUAACGACGGAGAGGACACCGACAUAGAUGAUAGGGAUAUGGAGUGA